GGCAGAAUGGAGGCAUCUUGCCUGGAACUGGCCCUGGAAGGAGAACGCUUGUGCAAGGCUGGGGACUUCAAAGCUGGGGCAGCCUUCUUCGAAGCAGCUGUGCGAGUGGGGACAGAGGACCUGAAAACUCUCAGUGCCAUCUACAGUCAGCUGGGCAAUGCCUAUUUCUACCUAAAGGAGUACUCCAAGGCCCUGGAGUACCAUAAACAUGACCUUACCCUGGCCAGAACCAUUGGGGACCGCAUUGGAGAAGCCAAGGCAAGUGGCAACCUUGGGAAUACACUGAAAAUACUUGGGCAGUUUGAUGAAGCUGUUGUUUGUUGCCAGAGACACUUGGACAUUUCUCAGGAGCAGGGAGACAAGGUAGGUGAAGCCAGAGCACUCUAUAAUAUAGGCAAUGUUUACCAUGCAAAGGGAAAGCACUUAUCUUGGAACACGGCCCAAGACCCAGGCUACCUGCCUCAAGAAGUCAAGGAGACGCUACAGAAAGCUUCAGAAUAUUAUGAGAGGAACCUGUCCCUGGUGAAGGAGCUGGGGGACAGAGCUGCGCAGGGCCGUGCUUAUGGCAACCUUGGCAACACUCAGUACUUACUUGGCAGCUUCAGUGAAGCGAUAGCCUUCCACAAGGAGCGCCUUGCUAUUGCUAAGGAGUUUGGGGACAAGGCAGCCGAGCGGAGAGCGUACAGCAACCUGGGCAAUGCGCACAUCUUCCUCGGGAGGUUCGACAUCUCUGCUGAGUACUACAAGAAAACACUCCAGCUCUCCAGACAACUCAAAGACCAAGCAGUAGAAGCCCAGGCUUGCUACAGUCUUGGAAACACAUACACACUGCUUCAAGACUAUGAAAGAGCAAUUGAGUAUCAUCUAAAGCACCUGGUGAUAGCACAGGAGCUGGGAGACAGGGUGGGAGAAGGAAGAGCCUGCUGGAGUCUCGGAAAUGCCUAUGUCUCUCUGGGGAACCAUGAACAAGCCUUGCACUUUGCAAGGAAACAUCUUGAAAUCUCCCAAGAGAUCGGGGACCGGAACGGUGAGCUGACAGCGCAGGUGAACAUGGCCCAGCUCAAGUCAGCCCUCGGCUUGGGCCCCGGGGAGGAGGAUGUGGGCAUGGCUCACCACUAUUCUGGCUAUGAAGCACAAGGAGCCAGGCCAAAGAGACUCCAGAGGAACAGCAUGGACAGCUUAGACCUCCUGAAGUUCCCUUCUGAAAAGGACCAGAAUGGGGACAGCCAUCACGUGGGAGACCUGAAGAUCUCUGGAAAAGAGUUCUUGUCAUUACCUGCAAGGUCAAAGAAAUACCAGGAGCACCAAUCCAGUUCAGAGACAAAGUCCCAGGGGUCACGUACAUCGCCACUGGAUACCAGUGAAGUCCGAGUCCAGAUGUCACAGUCGAAAAUCAACCGGACCCCUUCGGACGAGGAAUGCUUCUUUGACCUGCUGAGCAAGUUCCAGAGCAACCGGAUGGAUGAUCAGCGCUGCCCGUUGGAAGAAUGCCCAUCAGAGGCUGCAGAGGCAGCUGCCACCCCGGUCCCUGCCCUGGAAGAACGGAUAU